CGGCGCCCUCGCCCGCCAGGCUCUCCGCCCGCCGCCCGCGCCCGGCCCCGGCGCCCCGGCCCGCCGCCCGCGCUUCAUGGCUGCGCACGAAUGGGACUGGUUCCAGCGCGAGGAGCUCAUCGGGCAGAUCAGCGACAUCCGCGUCCAGAACCUGCAAGUUGAGAGGGAAAAUGUGCAGAAGAGAACCUUUACUCGAUGGGUAAAUCUCCAUCUAGAGAAGUGCGACCCACCCCUAGAAGUUAAAGAUUUAUUCAUUGAUAUCCAAGAUGGCAAAAUCCUAAUGGCUUUGUUAGAAGUCCUGUCUGGGCGGAAUCUGCUGCAUGAGUACAAGUCCUCAUCCCACCGUAUUUUCCGGUUGAACAACAUAGCGAAAGCACUUAAGUUUUUGGAAGAUAGCAAUGUCAAACUGGUUAGCAUCGACGCAGCGGAGAUAGCAGACGGCAACCCCUCUUUGGUUCUUGGGCUGAUAUGGAACAUAAUUCUCUUCUUCCAGAUUAAGGAGCUCACGGGCAAUCUCAGCAGAGACUCGCCGUCUUCCAGCCUGUCACCUGGCUCGGGGGGCACAGACUCAGACUCUUCCUUCCCACCCACGCCCACCGCGGAGAGGAGUGUGGCCAUAUCUGUGAAAGAUCAGAGGAAGGCUAUCAGGACCCUGCUGGCGUGGGUGCAGAGGAAGACGAGGAAGUAUGGCGUGGCGGUGCAGGACUUCGCGGGCAGCUGGAGAAGCGGGAUGGCUUUCCUGGCCGUGAUCAAGGCCAUCGACCCCAGCCUGGUUGACAUGAAGCAGGCUCUGGAAGACUCCAUGCGGGAAAACCUGGAGAAGGCCUUCCGCGUGGCGCACGAGGCCCUUCACAUUCCCAGGCUCCUGGAGCCAGAAGACAUCAUGGUUGACACGCCAGACGAGCAGUCCAUCGUGACUUACGUGGCACAGUUUCUGGAACAUUUCCCGGAGCUGGAAGCUGAGGAUCUCGUGGAUUCGGAUAAAGAAGCCCCUAUUGAAUCCACCUUUGUCCACAUCAAAGAAACCCCUUCUGAACAGGAGAGCACCUUCUUCCUUCUGACGGAGAAUGGGGAGCGAGCUUACACCGUCAACCACGAAGCCAGCCACCCGCCGCCCUCCAAAGUCUUUGUCUGUGACAAGUCCGAGAGCACGAAAGAAUGCUACCUGAGUGUCAUGCCCAGCCAGGCGCUCUCAGACAGCUCCACUGACUUCAUGCACCAGAUCAUUGACCAGGCCCUCCAAGAGGUCCCGGGGAAGGCCAGCAGCACUGGUGAGCCAUCUCCGGAAUCUUCCAUUUUAUCCUCCAGAAAGGACAACCGGAGGUCCAACUCUUUGCCAAUCAAGAAGACCGUGCACUUUGAGGCUGACACCUACAAGGAGGCUUCCUGCAGUAAAGACCCUUUCUACAGUCAAGACCUUCGCUUUGAGGGGAGCCCGAGAGGGACAAAGGACUCGCUGAAGCAGGAUGGGGACGUCCUGGCAGCUGAGAUUGCCGAGGAAAAGCCGAAGCAGGAAGCCCUGAAGAUUCCGGAAGCGGCCUCUGAUGAGUCACCGGGGGUCGAGUCUUUGGUGGACAGGAAGAUCAAUCAUUCGCAGACUUCGGAGAGUUGUCCCUCCUGGAACGGGGCGCCAGAGGGUGCAGCCGGUGGGGGGAAGGAGACCCGUCCCCUUUCACCCCUCGGGGACAACGCGGUUAUGGCCGAUUCCUUGGAGAUCAAGGUCCAGCUGCUGACCGUAGAAGCUAUGGCUGAGGAAGACUAUUUUGAAAGCACACCUUUAAAAGCCUCUAAGUUCAACAGCGACCUAACAGAUUUUGCCUCAACCAGCCAGGCCUUCAAUGAGGUUCCUCCGCCUCGUGAGAAAAGACCUGUCGAGGAAGAGGUUCCAGAGGAUCACGCUGAGAAAUUGGGAAAGAGGAGAAGCAAAUCUGCGCACCAGCGCAAAGACUCGGAUGAGUCCCCAGAGAGGCCGGACAAGCAGGAACCCCACAAGGACCCUGGGCAAGAGGACCCAGGCUAUUCUUUGGCCCCUGAGGAGGCACCGGUGGAAAAAAAGCCAGAGGCGUACGAGAAGCCCAAGCGCAAGUCCGCGCGGCGCCGUCGGGGCGAGGGCGAGGACGAGGGGGAGGCCGCGGGGCCGCAGGGCCCGGACGGCGAGCUGCCCUCUGACCCUCCGAGUGGCAGCCUCAGCCUGGAGACCCUGCACAGCCGCAGCCAGGAAGGCCUGGACUUCAAGCCCUCCCCGCCGCUGUCCAAGGUCUCCGUCAUUCCCCACGACCUUUUCUACUACCCGCACUACGAGGUGCCCCUGGCUGCGGUUCUGGAGGCUUAUGCGGAAGGCUCAGAGGACCUGAAACACCAAGAUCUGGAUCUGGAGGAGCCGGAGGACUAUCUGCAUGACCUGGGGGCCGGGGCCGAGGAGGCCAAGGAGGCCGAGGUCUCUUGGAACAGCUGUAGCUUCUCGGGGCCGGACGAGGAGGGCCUUGAGGCCAGCAUCCCGGCCCCGAGUACCGACAGGGGUGCAGAGGGCACCAGACCAGCCUCGGAGCCCGCACCCCCAGCCCCUCCAGAAGGCCACCAGCCAGGGGAGGCCGAAGAGAGCGGCCCUGUGGAGAGCCAUCAGUCCCAGGAAUCUGAAAACUCGGGAAACUUAGCAAACUCUUUAGAAGAAAAGGUAACGGGAGAGUCAAUCAGCAGUAAAAAAAAGGAAAAAAGGAAGCACGUGGACCACGUAGAAAGUUCAAUAUUUAUAGCACCCGGCACCGUCCGAUCCUCAGAGGACCUAGAAGGAGACACGGGUGACCACAAAGUCCUUUCCAGGACUAGUCACAGUGACUCCAGCAUUUACAUUCGACGACAUACUAACAGGUCUUUGGAAUCGGACCACUUUAGCUAUGUUCAGUUGAGGAACGCGGCAGAUCAGGAUAACAGAAGAAACCGAAUGUUAACCAGGUACAAUACUCAGAAGCUCACUGAGCUGAUAUUACAGUUUUAUGGCAUCAGAGCAGAUAUGAAGAAGGAAUGCAAACAUACCAGGAUGUCUAUGAAAGAAGGCCAACGACUCUGGCGAAGCCGUGUUCCAGGAGAGCCAGAGCUCACAGAGCGACUCUCUGACCCAGUUUGUCCAGCAGCCGGAUAUGAUGUAUUUUAUUCUCUUCCUCUGGCUCCUGGUUUACUGCCUACUGCUGUUCCCACAGCUGGACGUCACCAGACUCUGAUGCGUGUGUCUGCAUAAUAAAAAAAGGCUCCUGAGCGGGGGGCAGGAGUCUUGUCACUUCCCUUUUAUUGGGGUUUGGAUGGGCCACUCUGCAGACAGCCGAGGGCCUCCAAGGAAACAGCGUCCCUCUCCCUGCUGUCUCCGUGGGUUCCCUUCUCUCCUGCAAGUCCUAAGCACGCUUUUCUCGUCCGCCGUGUCCUCACAACUCAGGUGUCUGGCUGGAGUCCCUAAGCGGAGCGUGUUCCUGCGUGCCCUGCUUUGGCAGGUAUGAAGCGUCCUUGCUAAUAUUUAGCCAUAGCCCGGGUCAUAGCUCGUCCUGCGUGCAGGUUUUUAAGGCCUGGGAUGGCUUUGAGUUACUUGCCUCUGAGAGGAGGGUCAUCCUGAUGGGAGGCAGCGGGGGGCGGGGUGCCCCACACGCAGAGCCUCCAUUGGAAGGAAAACUGACCCGUGUUCCUCCCAGAGGUGGGCUUCGAGUGAAGGUGCUGGGUGUCCGUGCACCUGUCGGGGUCUGGCCGUCUCUGGGACCGUCCAUCUGGGAGCGGCAAACCCAAGGAGGAGAGUGAGGGCUGGUGGUAGGCUGGUCUUUUUUUUUUUUUUUUUUUUUUUUUUGGCGGGGGGACAGAGAUGUAAAUUCAGUUUUGUAUUGAUUGAAUUAAGGUUAAAGCUGUGAUUUUCAAAGAGUUUCCGCCAACAGCACCCUCUUUCAGAUGAAUUCCUAGCAGGGGAGAGUCUAGCUGGUACAUUAAAAGCCGAGCUCAGCCGACACAGGGCCGGGCCUGGGAUCCCUCCCGCUUUGCCUGGGCAGCGUCCCCAGCAUCCACGACAGCUCCUGAGGCCUCCGGGCCGAUCUCCAAGGCCCCACAGGGCACUGCAGAGAGCUCUUUAAAAGCCCCAGGAGGAGUACAGGAACGGCUGGGCUCAGAGUCAGUCCCGGCUGAUGUCAGAGCUACAAGGGGUCCGGCAGGCUCCUGCCCCUUGUGCACACCAGUCUCGGCACAGGCAUCCUUACUGGUCGGUCAUAAUGGGAUUCUCGAAAAGACUUUCCGGAAGGUACCCCAACAAGUAGACCGGAACAGGCAGUUUGUGAGGAGACCUCCCCCCACCCUCCCGUCUUCCUUCAGCCCUGCACCACCCUCCACCCCCGUUUCCUGCCAAGAUGUAGGUCCUGGUGACUCGGUUUUGCGUCCUCCCCCGCCCCGUGGUCCUCCCCUCUCCAAGCAGGACUCAUAAAAAUCACAGACUCUUAGGUCAGGAGAAGCCCUCAGACAGCCUGUUGUCUGCUGAACCCAGAGAGGCAGAGCGGGUGGACCGAGGUCACACAGCAGCCAGGAGCAGACUUGUAAGCACACUUGUGCCCCCUGAUGCCGGGUCCAGAGCUGUCCCCUCUUUGGCAAACCUUGUAUCUGGCCCAGGAGUAUCCUGGAAAGAAGAUGAAAUGAUUAGAUAAAAAGGUCCUCGUUUAGACAAAACCAAAAUGUGGGGCCAGCCACAACCUUUGCCUUGUUCUCGUGUUUUUCCCGGGAGGAAGCUGCAUUCACUUUCACGCUCGUCCCCCGUGACUUCUGGAGUGCCCUUGAUAGCUCGGAUAGCUUGAUAGGUGACAAGCCAGCCGUUGUUCCUCCUGCAGAGAUCACGGUUCUGUCUUGGCAAGCCCAGAGGCUUGCUCACUUCAGGGAAUGGGUUUCAAGUUUACAGAAUCCCAGCACGGCCAAAAGAAUUUACAGAGCAUGUUUUGGUCAAUGACAUUCCAAGAUCCCAUUCUGGUGACAGCCUGCCUUGUCUCCUCCUUAGUUCUUAGAACGAAUCCGAGCCUUCCGAGCCGAAAGCUGCCGGGAGCUUGGAGUGGUGCCAUCGUGAAGGCCAAAUGUGCCAUGGAAAAUGAGCUAAUUAACGAGCUCUUUGGCAUCUCUGAAAGCUAGGAUACAGAUAGUAAAGAAUACGUGUGUGGUGUUUUAUAACCCUGGACGCCACGCGGUCCUUGCCUAAACUAGAUGCUGGAAAAGCCGGGGAGGAGCCCAUCCAAACACAAAUCUUACGGGUUGAGACCUCGUUCAGAAAAAAAAAUCUCUGCAGGCUUCUUCUCUCACCCAUUACAACGUGUAAUAUUGUUCAAAACCAGCCACUGGGGAUGGGGUGCCUGGGUGGCUCAGUCGGUCGAGCGUCCGACUUCGGCUCGGGUCAUGAUCUCACCGUUCGUGGUUCAAGCCCCGCGUCUGGCUCUGUGCUGACAGCUCGGAGCCCAGAGCCGGCUUCGGAUUCCGUGUCUCCCUCUCUCUCUGCCCCUCCCUUGCUCGUGCUCUCUCUCU